UUUUUUUUAAAAAAAUAAAAAAAUCGCCGAAAUCAAAUAUUUUUCAAUUUUACCCAUUUUCGCCGUUUAUUAACAAUCGCCGGUUUCUCCUACCUCUUUCUUUUUCUCUCUCCUACCUCUUUCUUCGUUCUACUGGUUCAAUUCUCGAAGAGAGAGACAAACAAACCUUCGAAACCCUAGCAAUGGCGGAACUACAUUCAUCUUCUUCCUCAUCAGAAAUUCUCUGAUCAUCUAGAAAACCAUCAAAACGACGCAAAAUUGAUUCGUUUUAAUACCGUUUUUUCAACGGUUGGUUGGUUAAUUUAAACUGGCUAUGGCAGACGCUGUAUUUUCGACGGUUUUCUUCUUCUCUGCUAGGGUUUCGACUUCGUUACGAUCGCAGAUCUCUCGCGACCCUACCUAAAAAAAAGUCAUUGAAAAUCGUUUUUUCGUUAAUUUUAUUUGAUUUUAUUCAGGUGUUGUUCGAAUAAGGUGGUGGUUGUGGUGGCGGAGGAGACAGAAAGUCGAUAAUGGCGGGGUGGGAGAGGUUGAGGAGGUGUUUGAGAACGAUGUUUUUCAUGUUGGCAAUGGUGGCGUCAUUAUUGGUGCAAUGUCUGCCAUUGUUGGUAGCCAUUGGAGAUGUUUUGGUACCUUGUGUUUUGGUUUCGAGCUUCACCUGUGUUAGGUGUUAUAGCCUUAAACAACACCUUAGAAGAUACGCUUUUAAGAGCUCUUUGAUUGAUAUUCCUCUCGUUUCUGUCCUCAGAUCUCUCCUUAUUACCUGUGUAUAUUCUCUCUCUGAUGCUCCUGCUCUUUCUCAUGGACCAUAUCUUGGAAGUGUGACGAUAUGCUCCAUUUCUUCAAUUCUUCUUCUGUCAGUAAAGGCCUGUGUUUUCUCUGCGAAUUCUCAAAUGGUAGCUGAAGCUUCACAUUCUAUUUCAAGUCGUAUUCUUCAUUUGAAGAAGUCUUGGGGAAUGCCUGUUUUGUUUCUGUCAUCUGUAGUUUUUGCUCUUGGCCAUAUGGUGAUUGCUUAUCGAAUUAGCUGCAAGGCAAGGAGAAAACUUCUAUUUCAUCGGGUUGAUCCAGAGGCGGUUCUGUCUUGCAAGAGUUUGCUCUCUGCCUAUCAAAAGCUCCCACGAUCUCCCAUUCCCUCCUCAGCAAAGGCUACUCCUAAAAGUGACAGUGAGACAAGGAGGAAACCUUAUGGUCUAACUCGUUACGACGGUGUCUUGCCUGUCAGAUUACUUGCUGAUAUUGAUAGUUUAUUCACAACUUGUCAAGGCUUCACGCUCCAUUACAAGAUUAGUAUGCCUAGCUCUCCUGCAUGUUCUCUGUCAUCCACAACCUUUGUUGAACCCAGUAGAAGCUGUAGCCCUCAGCUGGGCAUUGGUAGGGUAAAUGUUGAUCGGCCAUUUAAUGCUCUUUCAAAAACCCAACAUAACCUGUGUAGAAGCUAUAGCAACAAUUUCUAUUCUUCUUCUUUGUUUGACCCAUUGCUUGAAAAUAUGGCACGUUCUGCUGUUUCAUCUGAUGAAUUUCCUCCUAUGAGCCUUGAUGCUGUGGAGGACAAAGAUCUAAUAAAUGAUUUAAGCCCUUUGAAAUUGGAUUCAAAUUUGGAAGCAAACGGAGAGUGUGGUAUUGUCCUAGUGCAUGGAUUUGGAGGUGGAGUUUUCUCAUGGAGACAUGUGAUGGGGACACUGGCACGUCAAGUAGGUCGAACUGUUGCUGCAUUUGAUCGUCCUGGGUGGGGUUUGACUCCUAGGCUACUAAGGAAGGAUUGGGAAGAGAAACAAUUGCCAAAUCCUUACAGCCUUGAUACUCAGGUGGGCCUGCUUUUGUCCUUUUGUUCUGAAAUGGGGUUUUCUUCAGUGAUACUUGUUGGCCAUGAUGAUGGUGGCUUGCUUGCAUUAAGGGCAGCUGAAAGAGUGAAAGCAUCAGGGAGUUCUGCAAAUGUUGCAAUCAAAGCAGUGGUGUUGCUGAGUGCAGACCUAUCUCGAGACGUAGUUCCAUCUUUUGCGAGGAUACUUCUGCGCACUUCAUUGGGAAAGAAACAUUUGGUUCAGCCACUGCUGCGGACAGAAAUUACGCAAGGGGUAAAUAGGCGUGCAUGGUAUGACGCUACGAAGCUGACAUCUGAAGUUUUAAACCUAUACAAGGCCCCUCUCUGUGUAGAAGGUUGGGAUGAGGCUCUUCAUGAGAUUGGUAAGCUUUCUGGUGAAACAGUUUUAUCGCCUGAAAAAGCAACAUCGCUGGUAAAAGCAGUUCAAGAUUUGCCUAUUUUGGUUGUCACUGGAGCUGAAGAUGCACUUGUUGCUUUAAGACCUGCUCAAACUAUGGCUUCCAAAUUUGUAGAUUCUAGAUUAGUUGCUAUAUCAGGAUGCGGACAUCUUCCUCAUGAGGAGUGCCCCAAGGCUUUGCUUGCAGCUAUGUCUCCUUUCAUUUCUAGAGUUCUAUGCAAUUUUCAAGUGCAGGUCCAUACAGAGUGAAACUUCAUCACUUAGCCAGCUUUUGGAGGGUCUUCUCCUUUCUUUGGGCCACCUCAAACGCCUUUCCUUGCUGAAACGUCCAAGAAGACAGUAUGGUGUUCCUCUCCCCUCGGACACUAGUUUUUCGAGGCUGGAUCUUCACUUCAAACUCUGAAGCUACAGGGUUCCUCAAACGCUUUUCCUCGCUGAAACGUCAGAGAAGACAGAAUAGUGUUCCUCUCUCCUCAGGUUGUAGUGUUGCCAGGUUGGAACUUCACUUCAAGCUCUCAGAAGUUGCAGGGUUUUGGUGUGAAUCCCUUGUAAAUUGUUGUCUUUUUUUCCCCCCUUAAUUUAUUUACUUUAAGUGAGAUGGUUACUUUAAGUGAGAUGGUUGUAGUGUAGAUAUUCUUGUCACUGGCUACCAAAGGGUAAACAAUGACAUAACCUGUAUACAUCAUUUUACAAUCUACACGUUGGGGCGUUAGUUACUGCUGUAGUGACUGUUGUGUACCUUUUAAAAAUUGAAGAGUUGAAGAAAAUUUUUGUUCA